UCAAUAUAAUACAUACUUAAGUAUCUUCAUAAUGGUAUACCCUGAGGAACCCUUUUGGGUUUUACCCACGGUAACUGGAUUUUACGAAGAUAGAGAUUAUAGAGUAAAUGUAGUGGAAGCACUUCAAGAAUUUUGGCAAAUGAAACAGUCACGAGGAGCGGACCUUAAAAACGGCGCACUUGUAAUAUACGAAUCGAUUCCGUCCAAUAGCCAGCCUUAUGUAUGUUUCGUAACACUGCCUGGGGGUAGUUGCUUUGGUAGCUUUCAGAACUGUCCAACAAAGGCGGAAGCAAGACGUAGCUCGGCUAAAAUUGCUUUAAUGAACUCCGUAUUUAAUGAACAUCCGUCGCGUCGAAUUAGCGACGAGUUUAUUUUGAAGGCAGUACAGGAUGCACGUGCUUCCUUUAAAACAACACUACAAGGCAAUGAAGGGACAGAAUCUGGAAUCGAAGCUUUCAGGUUUAUGCUGGAAGCAAAUAAGGGAAGAACCAUGUUGGAAUUCCAAGAAUUGAUGACUGUAUUCCAGCUCCUGCAUUGGAAUGGGUCUUUAAAGGCAAUGCGAGAACGUCAGUGUUCAAGGCAAGAAGUAGUGGCGCACUAUUCAAACCGCAGUCUAGAUGACGAAAUGCGUGCACAGAUGUCUUUAGAUUGGAUAGCUCGUGAACAUGAUAGCCCUGGCGUUAUCCGAAGGGAGUUGCUUUUGGCCGAGCGCGAGCUAGAGACUUCUCGUAUGGCUGGUCGGGAAUUACGCUUCCCAAAAGAAAAAAAGGACAUAUUAAUGAUAGCUCAUAAUCAGCUGGGUGGAAGUAACUUGAACUCGGCAUCUAUUGAUCAUUUAUAAUAACAAAAGAAAACUGAUCUAUUGCGAAGUCAAAUUGAACAGAUAUUUAUAAAAUACAAAAAUCUCUCAUUGAGAACAAAAUGAUUAUCCGACGUGUUUCCAAUUUCACUUUUUCAAUAUUAUCAAAAUCGGUUUAAAAUCGGAAAAAAAUUUUAAUAAUGUGCAUCUAAAUAACAUACAAAAUUUGUUUUUAUUUGAUGGAAACUAAUUGUAAUAGUACAAUUUAGUUCUAGUGGGAAAUCUAACACAAAUAUUUGUUUAACCAAGCCUCAGAUGUUGUGGUGUGGUACGUUAAGUGAGGUUUACGCCAGAAGGUAAAUACAAAUUGUUAAUUGGUAAUCGAACAGUUUUGAGUAUCGAAAAUUAAUUUAAAUUAUUUGGAUCAAAUGGCUAAGUGAAAAUGGAAGCACGGGUAUAUAUUUAUAUAAUUGGCAUACCAUAUGAUCUCCAGUAAAAAGGACAAGUCGAUUUAAGAUAGAAAAAAUAUUAUACAUUCCAUGAACUCUUUCCAAAAUAAAUUUCUUCUUCAGUAUAUUAAAAAAUAUGGCUCAUAAAAAUUUCCAUUUUCAUCAAAGGGGGGUUGAGUGUGUUUUUUUCUAUCGAUAUGCCAUGGUGGGUGCGAAUCUCUAAGAGACGUGACUGACUCGUGCCAUUCAACGAACUGGCCUGCCCCUCCGCGGGAUCACCGUAAAGAAUUACUUUGCGAAUUACAUUGCCUACUUUAGGCACUCUCUGCUACGAUUCACUUCCUUUCGCAUCUUCUCAGAUUGCUCUGGCGGGUUAUUAGGGUCUUGCAAACGAACUUCCAGUUUUUCUCUAACUUGUUCAAGUAGGACAUCCGGCCGGAAUCCUGAUGGUUGCUACGGGGAGAUUUCCUUUGGGCAGAGGGAUUAAGCCCUGCAUUUUCCUUCUUGUCUCGAGUUCUCCCGAAGUCACCUGUCACCUGCUCUAUGGAAACCGGUUGACCAAGCAAGACAAUUCAAUGCUCCAACUAUCAAUGAAGUCGCAGUGGUAAUUGUUGCGUCGGAAUGGUACGAGUAUUCAAACAAAAGAUCAGAGUAAUCAUGAAUUAAAUCGUUAAGCAGAAGGUUUUUGGCUAACUCCGAGGUCUAAUGUACUCGGUUAAAUGCAGAAGCGUGGUUUACCACAUAGUACAGAUCGAUUAUAAUGAUAUUGCGGAAUCUGAAUCAUAUGAAACUUUGCCACGGUACGCGGUUGUCCGUCAAGAAACUGAUGAACAGUGUGAUUCAAACGACGAUAAU